CUCAACCUCCCCACGCUCUCCUCCUCGAGAAACCCAGAGCAGAGCCAAACCCCCGAGAAACCACUGCCCCGCCACGUGCUCUCGCCGCCCGCGCCCCCCGGAGUAACGUCGCGCAUGUCCGCCAUGGCCGCCACCGGAGCAGCGCUGCGGCUUCGCCUCCUGUUCCGGAUGCUGCGUGUCGGGGAGCUCAUCGCCCUCGCGGCGCUCCUCUCCUGGUCCUCCUCCCGCGCGCCCUCCGCGGCCGCCGCCGCUCUGCGCGUGGCGGGGUCGCUCCUCUUCAGCCCCCGGUUCGUGUUCGUCCUCGGCAACGCCAUCGUUCUCCUCCUCCUCGCGCUCUCCAGGCGCGAGCGCGGUGACCACCCGGCGCCGGCCACCUCCUCCGGCGCCGGCAUCGACCAGAGCAGCCAGGCCCCGGCGGUGCUGGCGGCCGGAAGCUUCGCUUCGUUCGCCGCUCCAACUACGCCGACGCCGACGCCGACGCAGGCAAGUGAAGCGCCCGUGGCGAUGGCGAUGGCGACGGUGCCGGAGGAGGAGGAGGAGGUGGUGAAGCCGGUGGUGUCGGUGACGACGCACGCGGCGAGCAAGGCCCGCGCGCCGAGGCGGACCCGGUCGGAGAAGAUGGGCCGGCGCGGCGAGCUGUCGAGGCGGUCGGCGUCGCCGGAGCCGGUGCCGCUGAUGCGGCGCUCGGAGUCGGACAACGGUCGCAGGCGGCGGUCGUCGGUGACGGCGCGGGACGUGGGGGUGGCGCGCGGGUGGGCCGGCACGGACGACGCGGAGGAGUUCCGGCGCACCGUGGAGGCGUUCAUCGCGAAGCAGACGAGGUUCCGGCGCGAGGAGGAGUCCAUGGCCGGCACGCUCGUCGUUGUGGAGUAAGUAACUUGGUGGCGUCGUCUCGUCGGUGAUGGUGCGUGUGCAGAGUACAUAAGGAAGGAGGAGGAGGAGGAGGAAGAAGAAGGUCUCGUCUCGUCUCGUCGCCUCACUAGUUGUCAGUGACUACUCACUAGCUAGCUCAGCUAGGAUCGAUGUAUCGACCAUGGCCGGCCAUGGGCACGCCUUCUUUUCUGGCGAGGCGCAUGGCAGAGUGAGUGGGUGCGCAUGGUUUUAUUUACCGCGGCCGUCGGAUCGCCGAUCUUCGCCGGGAUCCGACGGGGCCGGGUCGCUCGUGGUGCUGAAUUUACUUACUGUAGCCGGAGGACGAACCCAUGGGUCGGUCAGUCAAGAUGUCUCUCUUCUCUUUUCGGUUCAGGAAAAACUGAAAUAAAAAGUUGGAGUACUAGCA